UUUAAGCGUUUGUUUUGUUGAUAAAAAGCAGCUUAUAUGGUUCAUUAGGUGCCAUGAUUACAUCGGGCUAGUUAAGAUUAAGCUGUUGUCGAAAUAAAUAACGAAUGCUCUUCCAAUUCUGCAGUUUUGCUCUGCUGGAUGAACGUUCAACGGAAGGCCUCAAAAACAAGCACGAGCUUCUGUCGCGUGCCCGUUUCUAUAGCAACGCGUAACACACUGGCGAGAGCAAGUCAUGGUCCGAAUCAGUAAGGAUCUGAUCCGCCGCAGAGCAGAACACAAUAAUGGGGAGAUCUUCUCCCUGGAGGAGGUUUCUCUCCAUCAGCAGGACAUCGAGAGGAUCGAGCAUAUCGACAAGUGGUGCAGAGACCUCAAAAUCCUCUACUUACAGAACAACCUCAUCCCUAAGAUAGAAAAUGUGGGCAGACUAAAGAAGCUGGAGUAUCUAAAUCUGGCACUGAACAACAUAGAAGUCAUCGAGAAUUUAGAAGGCUGUGAGAGCUUACAAAAACUAGACCUGACGGUGAAUUUUGUGGGUAAGCUGAGCAGUGUGGAGUCCCUGAAGCAGAACCUUUAUCUCAAAGAACUCUACCUGGUGGGAAACCCCUGUGCUGAAUUUCACGGAUACAGACAGUAUGUGGUGGCAUGUCUGCCUCAACUACAGUGGUUGGAUGGGAAAGAAGUCGGGCGAGCUGAGCGUAUUCGGGCCCUGCAGGAACUGGAUGCAGUGAGGAGACGUGUUCUGGAACAGGAUGCAGAUUACAUUCAGAAACGAGAGGAACAGAAAAGGAGUGGUUUUAAAGAGACAACAGAAAAGCAGGAGGAUCUUCAAACAAAUCAAUUGCUCUCUGAGAAGCAGAAUGGGGCUCAUCACAAUCCAGAAUCAAGCUGCAAGACUCACACAGACACUGAGGAUGAAGAGAAGGAAUUUUGGGAAAAGCCGUGCCCAUUCACACCAGAAUCUAGACUAGAGGCUCAUCGCCAUCUGGAGGACAAGAGGAGGGCUAAAGAGAAAGAGAGAGAGAAGCCUAAAAACAAAUCCCCCAAAACUCUGAUCACCGCAGAUGGAAGAGUGUUAAAUGUCAACGAGCCCAAGUUGGACUUCAGUCUCUCUGAGGAUGAAAACGACUGCAUUCUUUUGGAUUUACAUGUUUACAGGCAUAUGGACACCUCGCUGCUGGAUGUGGAUGUUCAGCCAACAUAUGUGAGAGUGACCGUCAAAGGAAAGGCGUUCCAGCUGGUUUUGCCUGCAGAAGUGAAACCCGACAGCAGCACAGCACAGAGAUCCCAAACCACUGGCCACCUGCUCCUCAUCCUGCCCGUGGCACAUGGAGAGGUUAAACCCAAGAACCCCACUGCCAAGCCGAACAGCGUUACCAUUAACAAGAAUACAAAGAAAGAGAGCAGGCCAGCGCCAGGGCGUGAAUUAUUAGAGGUGGAUCCCGGUCUGGCUGGGAGUCUGGCCAACAUUGUUCCCAAAGGAAAAGAGUCUUCCCACAAGCCCCUGCAGCUCUCGCAGCCUCCCCAUCGCUGUGGCGUCGAAGAGAGGCCUGUGUCAAAGGACUUCGUGGACGAUCCAGAAGUGCCUCCACUUAUGAGAAGAUGCUGUCUGCUCUGACUUUCCAAGAGCCUAACUCCACAGCCAGGUCAUUUUUGAUGGUACUUCACUUUUAUUGAUCGGUUUGUCUUUUUCAUCCUCGC